CCAGAGGCAGCCAUGGGGACCUGUACUGUGGAGACGGAUGCCAACGUCUCAUCUGGCCUUGAGAGCAACGCCACGGGCACCACCACCUUCUCCAUGCCCGGCUGGCAGCUGGCCCUGUGGGCUGCGGCCUACCUGGUGCUCGUGCUGGUGGCCGUGACGGGCAAUGCCACGGUCAUCUGGAUCAUCCUGGCCCACCAGAGGAUGCGCACCGUCACCAACUACUUCAUCGUCAACCUGGCCCUGGCCGACCUCUGCAUGGCCGCCUUCAACACUGUCUUCAACUUCGUCUACGCCAGCCACAACAUCUGGUACUUCGGCCGCGCCUUCUGCUACUUCCAGAACCUCUUCCCCGUCACGGUCAUGUUCGUCAGCAUCUACUCCAUGACCGCCAUCGCCGCAGACAGGUAUAUAGCCAUCGUCCACCCCUUCCAGCCACGGCUCUCAGCUCCCAGCACCAGAGCGGUUAUUGCUGGCAUCUGGCUGGUGGCCCUGGCCCUCGCCUUUCCCCAGUGUUUCUACUCCGCCAUCAUCAUGGACCAGGGAGCCACGAAGUGCAUAGUGGCCUGGCCCGAAGACAGCAGUGGCAAGGUGCUCCUGUGGUACCACCUCGCAGUGAUCGCCCUCAUCUACUUCCUGCCCCUCGCGGUGAUGUUCUUCGCCUACAGCGUCAUCGGCUUCACGCUGUGGAGACGCGCGGUGCCCGGGUACCAUGCUCACGGCGCCAACUCCCAGUACCUGCAGGCCAAGAAAAAGUUUGUGAAGACCAUGGUGGUGGUGGUGGUGACGUUUGCCAUCUGCUGGCUGCCCUACCACCUCUACUUCAUCCUGGGCAACUUCCAGAAGGACAUCUACUGCCACAAGUUCAUUCAGCAGGUCUACCUGGCGCUCUUCUGGCUGGCCAUGAGCUCCACCAUGUACAAUCCCAUCAUCUACUGCUGCCUCAACCGCCGGUUUCGCUCUGGAUUCCGGAUCGCUUUCCGUUGCUGCCCCUGGGUCACGCCAACCGAGGAGGAUAAGAUGGAGCUGACUCACACUCGCUCUCUCUCCAGGAGGGUCAACAGGUGUCACACUAAGGAGACUUUAUUCAUUAGUGGGGAUGUGGCCCCAUCUGAGGCUGCCAGUGGGCAGGCGGGGGGUCCCCAAGAUGGGGGUGCCUACUGAAUCCUGAAGCCUUGUGCCUGGCUGCAGGGUGAGGCUGACACCCUCUG